AUGGAACUCACCCGCCGGGAUGUGAUCCUCGCCUGCAUCGCUGCCUUUAUCGCCUGGGGAUAUGCUACUCAUUGGGCGCCGUCGCUGCGAUAUGUCCCGCAGGCCUUUCUCGCAGGCGUCGCUAUCACGGUAGCCGGCGCCGUCUACCUGAUCGCCUCGACCUCGCGCUCUCCCGAAGAUGCGUACCAUCGCCCCCUCCGCCCGCCGCAGCAUGUGGCCUUCGUGCACCCGCAGGCCUGGAAGACCGAAACCGCCGCUCUGAGAGCCCGCUCCCUCUACCGCCGCGAGCCGUUGUACCCACCCUCCUUCGUCAUCUCCGAUCACCUGGACACCCUCCUCGACCUCAUACUCCGCGACUUCGUGCAGAGCUGGUAUGGCUCCAUCAGCCCACGCCCGACCUUUACAAACGAGGUGGAUCGCGCGGUUCGCGCCGCCCUGGGCAACAUCCGGGACCGGCUGUUGGAAGCGGACUUGGUCGAGAUCGCCAUAUCGCGCGCCGUGCCCAUGAUCACAACUCACAUGCGGGACUUCUACGAAGCGGAGCGUAUUGUGCGGGGCAGGAAGCUGUCUCGGGACGUGACCGAGUCGGACGAGCUCGACAAUGCGAUCGCGGCCAAGUACCGCGAUGGCAAGCUCCACCCCGCCGCCUCCCUCUCGUACACGAACCCGAAGUCCAUGCAGCAGCAACACCUCCGCGGCAUCGUCGCGAAGCUCAUGCCACAAUUGCUCCCGCGUAACAUGCGGACGAGCCAGGCGGUGAACACGUUGAUCAAGGAAAUCGUGGCUUGCGCAGUCCUCUUCCCCGUCGUUGGGAUGCUUGCUGAUCCCGACACCUGGAAUCAAAUCAUGGAGGGCUUCGGGCGCGCGCUUCUGCACGACCGGAAGACAGUGCGGAAACUCCGCGCUGCGCUGGACGAACAUGCCCCCGUCUCUCCAAAGUUGCCCAAAAUGGCUCCGUUCCCACGCUUGGCUCCCGGUGACAAUGAAAGAAAUUUCGAGCGCUUCAUUCGCGCCAUCCGUCAGUGUAAUUCUCUCUCCGAUGCCCGUCGAUUCAGAAGCGAGAUAGCCAGCCAGCUCAAAAAGGAGUCCGCCAUCGAAGGUCAGGAUCCGUUGUACAUGCGUCGUCUCGAGACUGCCAGAAGGAUAUUGGACCAGCGCGUUGUCCAACUGAGCUCAGGAAGUGUGGCUAAGCAGGUGCCAGUCGUGCAACCGCCUCUAGUUCGCAGAGGCUCCAGGUUGGAGGCUGCAGACCUUCGUCAGGUCCUGUAUGAUGCCUCAGGCCUCUCAUACUUCAUGGAGUUCAUGGAGCGUCAGGGACUGAUGCGUCUGGUCCAAUAUUGGAUCGUGGUUGACGGUUUCCGUGACCCUCUCGAAGAAGAUACAGGGGACACUGAUGACGCGAGCCUUGAUCUCUCCUGGGGGGCUUCCGAGCGUGCCGAUCUCGCUCAAAUCUACGAAGCCUAUCUGACCAAGCCUGAGCUUGCGGUGCCUGAUGCCACGCGCCGGACUGUUGACGAUUUUCUGAAAGCGGGCAGGAGAGCAACAAGCGCUCAGUACCUGGCUGCUAGGCGCGCAGUGCUGGAGGUCCAGUCAUCGGUGUAUCACAAGAUGGCAGACCGCUACUUCGCGCGCUUUAAGAGGUCCGACUUAUGGUUCAAGUGGCUCGCAUCAGACGAAGCUUCUGCUCUCUCGAAAAGCCCUCCUGGGACUGCGAAUCUAAGCCAAAGCGUGGGCACCCUCCCGUCUCCAUCGAAACCCCCGGCAUUUGCUCGCACACUCUCCUCGCAGUCCACAGACCUCCGAAGGGCAGCUGUCUCUACUUCAGAUCUGAAAAACAUCAAGUCGCUCCAAGGCCCGACAGCACCCGCGCGAAGAUCCUUGGAUGACGCCGGGCGCCCGCCUCUGUUUGACGAUGACAUUGAGCCAGAUCCAAUGGCGGCCUCGUUCCAAAGCGUAGAUUCUGACUUUGAACCUUAUCGGCCCAAUGGCGACAACUCCCAAAUUGUAGAUGCAAUGCAAGAGGCCUUGGAAGACAUCAUGGAGAACGACGGCGAUCGGGAUUCCAUCUUUUCCGAUGGACCAAAGUCAGCACAGGACAACGAAUCGUUAAGAGGCUCAUUCGAGAUCACCCGGACAAGCUCCCCAGCUGUGCCAAAACAAGAGAGAGGAAAGCCAAGCAUAACGACCCUUGGCCUCGUUGGAGCGCCCACCACCAGAGGCGUAUUCUCAGACAACCUCUUUGGGGACGAGGAGAAAUUCCCAGAAGAUGAGAUGGAAGAUCCUGACGCAGACGACCACAAUCUAGAGGAUGAGAUUCAUGAGGCUGCUCCUGGAGACCUAGGACUGGCCGAAGCCAUCGAUGCUUUGACACAAGAUCUUGAUCGGCUGGUCAACCAAGAAUCCAUCGUGGAUUCUCUGACCAGAAAGGCCGAGCUCACGAACAACGCGGCAGAGUUAAGAAUCCUCAAGAAAUCAAAGGCAAGCUUGCAACGUGAGAUACAUCGGAAGGAGCUUCAACGCCAGCAGUAUGUCGUUCAGGAGAGUGACAACAGCUUGUACGGCAGAGCGACAGUAUCUAUCCAAUCAAUCAUGGUCGGUAAGGAAGAGGACGGUACCGAGUAUGCCUUGUAUGUCGUUGAGGUCCGUCGGCAAGCAGGAGAACAGAUGCCAGCUGCCGCCUGGGUGGUGGCAAGGCGUUACAGUGAAUUCUACGAUCUCAACAAGCGACUCCGCUCCAAAUACCCCAUGAUCCGAAACCUUGAGUUCCCGCGUCGACUCGAGGGUCUGUUCAAGCUCCAAAAGGACUUUCUGCAAAAACGUCGGAUUGCUUUGGAAAGAUGGCUUCGCGAGUUACUACUGAUCCCUGCGAUAUGUCGAAGCCGCGAACUCCGAGCGUUCCUAUCACAACGAGCCAUCUCCUCGUCCAACCCAUCAGACUCCCAAGCCGAAACCAAAGACUUUGUGUCUCGUAUCUACAGUUCCGUCAGCGACGGCAUGGAGGAGUUCAUCGGAAACAUCCCUGUUCUCGACCAGCUUUCCCUUGCGGGACAGAACCUCAUCUCUGCCGCAACCACGGAGCUCAACAACGGCAACAGCGCCGGCGUACUCGGGUCGGCCACGGCGGCCACGGCGGCGCUGGCCAACGACCCGCAGGCGGCGGCAGAGGCGGAAGCGGAGUUGCGCGCGUACGAGAAUCAGCAGCUGGAGCCGUUCAUCAAACCCAUCUGCGACCUCUUCCUCGAGGUGUUCGAGCUCAACCGCGAGACCAACUGGUUGCGCGGGCGGGCCGUCGUCGUCGUGCUGCACCAGCUGCUUGGCGGCACCAUCGAGCGCAAGGUGCGCGAGAACGUGAAGGCGCUGACGCAGGAGGACAGCGUGGUCAAGUACAUCGGCACGCUGCGCGACGCCAUGUGGCCGCCCGACAACGGCGGGCAGAUGGUGCGCGACAAACCCCCCCGCACCGAGGCGCAGAAGGCCAAGAGCAGGAAGGAGGCCGGCCUCAUGCUGGCCACGCUCAUCCCCGACCUGGCGGGCAGCGUCGUCGGCCGUGCGAACGCGCAGGCGGCGAGCAGGCGCUUGUUGGCGACGUUGAACAAUCAACGGUUGAAGUGA